AUGGAGACGCUCCUCCGAGAGUUCUUCAACAUCACCGCUGACCCUCUGGUCAACUCUUCUCACCGCCUCUGGGGAGUGCCCUACCUGAAGCGACUGGCUCACCUGGACGAGGCCCUGUACCAGGAUUUCCACAGCCUGUGGGUGGCUCUUAUGGUGGUCAACACCCUCAUGUUUGUCGUGGGGCUGUCGCUCAACAGUCUGGCCCUGUAUGUCUUCUGCACCGGCACCAGGACUCGCACAGCGCCUGUCAUCUACACCAUCAACCUGGCUGUUGCUGACCUGCUGGUGGCGCUGUCGCUGCCGGCUCGAGUGGCGCUUUACUACAGUGGCGGCAACUGCCUGGCCUGCUCCUAUGUGCACACCUUUAGCUACUUCGUCAACAUGUACUGCAGCAUCCUCUUCCUCACUAGUAUCUGCGUGGACCGGUACUUAGCGGUGGUGUGGGUGGCUGCUAGUCGCUGGAGGAGCCCGGGCAUGGCUCGAGGGGUCAGUGCUGCUGUUUGGCUCUUCGCUGUGGUGGUCACCUACUCUUUCCAGACCACGGCUCUGGAGUUCAAUGGAUCUUCUUGCUGUCAGCUGACCGCACUCUUCGCCCUCACCGUUCUGGAGUUCGUGCUGCCCUUGCUGGUCAUCAUUGCCUUCACUGCGCGAGCGGCCUGUGCUUUAACCGCCGGCCGAAGCCUCAUGCCACAGAGCUGGGGGCGGCGGGCGAGGGCCGUGCGCCUCCUGGUGGCCGUGCUGUUGGUCUUCGCAAUCUGCUUCACACCUUUCCACGUACGCGAGGCCGUGGUGUACUUCCGCCUAGGGGGCAGCAGAGAGCAGCACGUGGUGGCCUACCACACGACGGUCACCCUCAGCAGCCUCAACAGCUGCUUGGAUCCGGUGGUCUACUGCUUUGUGCCGGAUAACUUCCGCUCGGCACUAAGGAGGGCGUUCCACCAGAGGGAUCCUCAAAGAGGUGAAGCUGGGGAAGGAGCCGGAGCUGGAGUCGGCCCCAGAAGAAGCUCCAAAGGCUCGGGGGCCACUGUGGCUCUCAUGUAUAGUGUAGCAGCUCUCACGCUUACCCCCUGCCCUCAGAUAUCAAGUUCAGAACUGCCUGCAUAAAAGUGUUUUAAGGAGAAGAAUAAAAAAAACUCGCCUUUCUCGGUCACAUGACAUCAUGGCGUUCAGUAGCUCCUCCAUUUUCACUCACUUGUUUUUGUGUGUUUAUACAUGGAUUUCCGUGGAAAAUGUGGAGCAUCCAAAGUGUACAGUAAUUACGGGGCGCAGCAGUGGACAAAUAGCUAUUUUAAUAAACGUUAUUAAAAAGUUUUAUCAAACAAAACUCAGAGAUGUGCAUCCGGACGGGACUAAAAUUAAUGGAGGACCACGAAUUUAGCCUGUAAUUUUUUCCUCAGAGGACGUCUGAGAAAAACAUGUACAAGGUUGUUCCGUACAGGAAUAAAAUCGCAGAGGAAAUAUCCCUAUAAAAUAGAGAAUUAAUCCAGAACACCCUGAGAAACUAAUCCCACCUGAAUAGGGCUAAAGACGUUCUGAGGAAGAACAGGAUGAGAAUGUUUUGACAUGCAGUUACAGAAGCCAUAUUCCACAUUUUUCCCAUUCUCUCGUUUUUCUAUCUGCCUGUAGUCUCUUUUAUACACCAGAAACCAGUCGUUAUUCAUUUUUACAUAAUUUUUCACCCUCUCUUAAUCCUUCAGAAUUCAGAUUUAAAGAGGCUUUUCUUUUCGACUGUUAUGUGCUGUAUAAAUUAACUCUGUACUGUUCUUCAUUGGUUGUCCUCUAUGGUGCUUCAUUCAUAAAACAGUCCAGGCUAAAAUAUACAGAAUACUGGUUAUACAGCUCUGGAUAUCUUAAAAAAAUGAAGAGAGCACUUCAGUUUCUGAAUCAGUUUCUCUGAUUUAGCUAUUUAUAGGUUUAUGUUUGAGUAAAAUUAACAUUGUUGUUUUAUUCUAUAAACUACAGACAACAUUUCUCCCAAAUUACAAAUAAAAAUAAUUUAAUUUCGAGCAUUUAUUUGCAGAACAUGAUAAAUGUCUG